AUGCCGAUGGAGAUCCCGUCUUCUCUUAGUCUUCUGGAGGCUUUCUCCAAUGCCGAGGAUGUAGAUCGAUUGGACAGAGGCGGGGAUGAGCUAGAUCCCUUUGCGCAGUUCCUCGCCUCGGGGAUUAAGCCGAUAUCCAAUCAACCACAUAUGACGUUGACGCAGAACGUGCCCCAGACAUAUCCCUUAGACAGUUAUCUUACAACGAUAAAUGAGCUGCUCUCGCCGCCGACCCCGGAUCUUAUUCUAGGAGAGCACAAUCAGACAUUCGAACUCCAGCGAACUUUCGAAGCCCGGCUGCCGAAUCUCUCUGAAGAAAGUAAAGAAUAUCUACAGUUGAAAGGGGCUCUCAGAAUAGUUCCCAUCGACCUUCGGAAUGAGUUGCUCGCGGCUUAUAUCAAAUAUGUUCAUCCUCUCCUGCCUGUCAUUGAUUUGCAAUGGUUUUUAUUGAAUGUCAUGGUCGAGGAUGAAUCCCGAUUUCCAAGCCCGCUUCUUCAUCAAGCUGUCAUGUUGGCUGGCAGUGCAUUUAUUGAGCAGGAAACAGCCAUCAAAGCCGGGUUCUCGUCACGGAAAGCAUUGCGAAGGACAUUAUUUGGGCGAGCUAAGCUUCUUUAUGAAUUCGAGACUGAACCAAACGCAUACACCCAGAUCCAAGCAUUAUUGCUCAUGAUGCAGUGGCAUGGGAGUGGAAGUGGCCACAAAGACCCUACAUACUGGUUUGAUCUCGCCUACUCGACGGCAGAGCGCGUUGGUCUUCUGGGGAGUCUACAAACAGGUAGUUUUUCUCACACACACAGGCUGUGGUGGUGCCUCUACGUCCGCGACCGCAUUCUCUCCCUCGGUUUCCGUCGACCAUUGCGAAUCCCAAACAGCGACAUCACAAUGUCGCUACUGGACUCUACGAGAUACUAUUCCUCCGAGCCAUACCAUGACCUCGUGCUUGUUAUGUUGGGAGAAGCAUCCGCCAUGCUCAGCUGGGAAAAUCAAGAGCGAAUGAUGCUUCUAUUCAUUCAAGAGAUUAAGCUCGCUCAUUGUGUGGGCGUUAUCAUCAAUCUUCUUUAUCAAGAUGCUUGGUCGCCGUCGCCGUCGGGGCAAUGCGAAUACUCCAUGGUACCCAAGUCAAAUAUAUCUCAGGCUGCAAUAACUGGAUGCGAACAGCUUCUGAAGACCUGGAUUCAAGACCUUCCUGCGCCAGCACAUUACUUCCCCCCAUCACUAUUGCAUGAUUGUCAUGCAGCGUCCCCGGAGAUUGUCCUCCUCGUCCACCAAGCUUUCCUGUAUCUCCUCCAUCUCACUGCGAUGUCCAGACUCUACCAAGCUGCUUCGAGCCGAGGAGAUGGUAUCCAGACCACCCUUAUAUCGCAAAUGAGAGGCCUCACUUUGCAGGUCAAUGAGAUUCUCAAUGAGCUGUAUGACUGCAGGAUGCUUCAUUUCCUCCCUGGAAGCACUAUUACUAUACUGAUUAUUAUUCUGGAGGCAAGUCUUCCUGACCUGAAGGUUUCAGAUGAUAUUGUGAGGAUGCAGGCCAUGUCGAACCUGUAUGCUUGCGAGGAAGCGGCUGGGCAUUUACUACAAACAUAUCCUGCGGCUGAGAUUGUUCUUUCCCAGGCGCAGAAUGCUCGUGGACACCUCUUCGGCUUGACCGCAACUUGA